AUGAAGAGCUUCACUGACACAAUCAUCAUCAUUAAUAAGAAUAGAGAAAACCAGAUCUUAGACCUGCAGCAGAAGAUUAAACAUUUACACAGACAGGUGACUACACUGAAUCUGAAGAUCUCAUCACAAUCAUUUAUAAUCUCUUCAGAAGUAUACACAUCAUCAGAGAUCACUGUACAGAAUGAGAAUUCAAGCAUGAAAUAUAUCAAGUCAGAAGAUCUGCUGAAGUUAUCAAGCUUUAAUGAUGACUGA